GCGAAGGACCCCUUUAGUUUCGAAAGCACCAGGAGGCAAGAACAGCUGCAAAAUGACGUCUGUCUCAAGCGCUGAUCAUAUAGUGGAUGAAGACUUCAACCCUGAUAAGGAGGAGAGACGCGAAUUUGCCAAAGACGUCGGAGAUCAGGCCCAUUGGUCAGCGUCGACCUUCGCCAGGAAACACAGUGUGGAAAACCUGCGCGAUGGAUACUCCCACACUUACUGGGAGUCCAGUGGUCCUCUGCCUCACACCAUCUCCCUGGGAUUCUGGAAGCAAACCACCAUUCAGUCCGUAUGGAUUUACGUCGAUUAUUUCAAAGACAAGCACUACGCUCCCAAAAGGAUAUCCAUCCAAGUGGGUACUUUCGUCGGGGAAUUAAAGCAGAUCGUGUUAAUGGAUCUGCAACAGCACAGCGGGUGGCAGAAGAUUCCGCUUCGGGAUAGCCACGGUAAACCUGUCAAGACCUACGUGCUGGAAAUUGCAGUUUUGCUCAAUAAAGAUGUUGGGGAAGAUUCCCGCAUACGCCAGAUAAGGGUGCAUUCGCCUCCCGGGGACGAAGAUUUAAAGGAGGAUUAAUAAAUUGGAUUUUAUUUUAACCAGUUUUUAGAGGAUGAUCUAAACAGGAGAAGUAUAGUGAGGUGAUAAUGGAUACAUACCAUAACUUGCAUGUAUGAGCUGAACUUGGCCAGAUCUUAAGAACUGAAGGAUAUCCUCCUAGGAGAGGUUUUGAAGUGUUAGUCCUUCAAUGGGACAGUUUCAUUUGGGCAGAGAGAACAUUCUCCAUUUCGUCUUCAAAUUUGUCGUAUUGAUUACGUUCCUCUGGUGCAGCCCAUGAUUUUCCUUCUC